CAAAGGAAGUCGGCUCGAGUGUCCAGCGAGAGUUCUCUCCGGGUGGCUGGAGGGUCUCGUCAGGGAGACCGUUUCUUUCCGUCUCUGUGACACCAGGCCUGAAAAACUCACUCUGAAAGGAGGGCAGGAAGAUGGUGACAGAAGAUGACACUAACAAGGAGAAUAAUCAGACUCCAUCUUCCGGACCCUCUUCAGGCAUCUGGCCCCUAUCGAAAAAAUAUAUUAUCAUAUUAAUUGUGGUGAUAGCACUCAUCGUUUUGGUUCUGGCGAUUGUCCUGGGAGUGACUUUGGGACGUAAGGGAGAUCCAUCCGUGCACCCCGGACCGACCCAGGCACCGUGUCAACCUAAUUGUUCAGGCGACUGGGAGUUGGUAGAAGCGAAGUGCUUCUUUCUGUCCUCUGAAACCAGGGACUGGGACACCACCAAGGAGAUCUGUGGAGAACAUCAGGGGACCCUUGCUGUGGUUUCCAAAGGACAAUUGGAAAUCCUGAAGAAGCGUGUGGGCAGCUCUGACUACUGGAUUGGGCUGAGAAAGAAAGUUAAUCAAGACUGGCAAUGGGAUGAUAACACGCCAUUCAAAAACGAGUUUGAAAUCAAGGGAGCUGGGGACUGUGCCUAUUUGGAUUCCAGCAACGUGAACAGUGCCGGAUGCAGCCAGCCCAGAAGGUGGAUUUGCUCCCGGAAUCCCAGUUGUCCGUAGGGCUGAGAAAAUGCUCCACCGUGGGACCCGCACGUUAAACAUUGUAUAAGGAGGUUUCGGAAAAGCGACAUAAGGCUCAUCUUUGCUCCUGGACAUUACGUGUUUCAGGCUGCUACGAGGCAACGUGGACAUGAUUCUCGUGUCUCCUCCCACGCGACAGCAACUACAGGUCUUCCCUCUCAGGUCCUGUGUCCAAGAUAUUCUUUCAUUUGCAAAAAUUUCCCCCUUCAGCUGUUUGGGGGAAGGAGAAGUCCCUUCUUCUCAGGGCCCCCCACCCCUCUGCACCAGUUCAACCCAAUAGGUGAGGCAGGCUUCCAU